AAAGAGCAGAGAGAUCCACAAACUCAAGAGCAUAAACAGUAACACAGGAUAUUUUGAUGUCACUAUGGUUACAAAAGCCAGCCCGCCACUCAAUCUUAGUUCUCUAUUUGUCACUAUGUGUCACUCUGCUCUAAAAGCCUGGGGCAACGUGGUCUUUGCUGAACUCUGAGAGAACAAUUAUAAUCUCAUGCCAAGGAGGAACUAUCCUGUUUAACUCUCAUACUUUGGAAGAAUACAGAAAUACAGUGGAUUUUGCCAACUUCACAAUAGCCACUAGCCCAAUGAUGGAGGUGAUGAGGACCUCCAGCCAUCCAAACCCAACCCCUACCCCCACCCUCAAUGACUCAAACACCUGCACGACACUGUAUGACCACCUGGAGUACGCCCGAGUCCUCAUGCCCCUCUUCUACAGCAUCGUCUUCUCCGUGGGGUUGCUGGGCAACGCCCUGGCGCUGCAUGUCAUCCGGCCCAACCUAAAGAAGAUGAACUCCACCACGCUCUACUCCGCCAACCUGGUAAUCUCUGACAUCCUGUUCACACUGUCACUACCGUUACGGAUAAUCUACUACGCCCUGGGCUUCCACUGGCCCCUGGGGGAUUCCCUGUGUAAGAUCACAGGGCUGAUCUUCUACAUCAACACGUAUGCCGGGGUCAACUUUAUGACCUGCCUCAGUGUGGACCGAUUCAUUGCUGUGGUCUUGCCGCUCCGGUUCGCACGCUUCCGGAAGGUCUCCAAUGUCCGGUUCAUCUGCGUUGGGGUGUGGUUGCUGGUCUUAAUGCAAACUUUGCCCCUCCUCUCCAUGCCCAUGACUAAUGUGGAGUCUGAUGGCUUCAUCACUUGUAUGGAGUAUCCUAACUUUGAACAGGUGCCCAACAUCGCCUACAUGCUGAUCGGCGCCGUGUUCCUAGGCUAUGGAGUCCCCGUGGUGACUAUCUUAUUGUGCUACUCCAUACUGUGCUGUAAACUCCGCCUCUCGGCAAAGACCAAUCACUUAACGGACAAGUCGGGGCGCAGCCGCAAAGCCGUUGGUGUGAUCUGCUGCGUCUCCCUGGUGUUCGUGGUGUGUUUCAGCCCCUACCACAUCAACCUCCUCCAAUACAUGAUCCGAAAGCUGAUCUAUGAAACGGACUGUGCUGAACUCACUGCCUUCCAGAUCUCGUUACACUUCACUGUUUGUCUGAUGAACCUUAACUCCUGCCUGGAUCCAUUUAUCUACUUCUUUGCCUGUAAGGGUUACAAGAGGAAGGUGCUGAAGAUCCUGAAGAGGCAGGUGAGCGUGUCCUUCUCCAGCGCAGUACGGACAUCGCCCGAGGGUUCAUCCAGAGAUGUCGUAGAUGGUAAGAAGAUCCACCUCAACAGCACUAGAUACGAACAGUGUGUCCAACAGAAUGGCCAAAGUUGAGCGACUACCAACCAACAGACCGGUGAGUCAAAGACCAACCAACAGAUUGGAGAGCCAUCAACCAGAAAACAGAUCAGCCAACAGACCGGUGAGCCAACGACCAGCUGACAGACUGGUUAGUCAAUGACCAGGAAACAGACUGGUAUGCAAACAACCAGCAAACUAUUUGAAUAACAUACUAUAUGUUAUGAUUUUGAAAAACACAUAAUAUGUUAUGAUUUCUAGCUAGGUGUCUAAUGUUAGCUAGGUGGCUAAUGUUAGCUACUGUAUGCUAAGGGUUGAGGUUAGGGUUACGUUUAGGAGUUAGGUUAAAGGGUUCAGGUUAGGGGAAGGGUUAGCUACCAUGCUAAGUAGUUGCAAAGUAGCUAAAAAGUAGUAAGUAGUUGAAAGUUGCUAAUUAGCUCAAAUGCUUAUCCAUGAUGAGAUUUGAACUCACAACCUUUUGAUUGUUAGACAUUUACGUCAGUAAAUUGCAAGAGGAUGUCUGAGGAGAUAGACUGAACUAUAACUGUAUAACUGAUUAACAGUUUAAAGAGGUAUCUCACACCCUCUGGAAAUAGAGCCAUCUCGGACAGCCAAGGUAACAAACUGUUUCUGCCUCUUGCCAAUACAGUAGUGCUGAGCGAUUCACCGUAAAAAAUCCCUUGUUAUUAAACAACUAAUUUACCGACAUCCUUUCAAUUAUUUGAAUUCCAUAUAGUUCUGUUUUUUUUGUGAGCUCAACGUGCUGUUUCUCUAGAGAGAAAUUCAAUCAUUAAUUAGAGAAACGUAGUCAAUGGGUGCAUUUGAGCAGAUCACUUUUGUCAAGUCGAUGACCAUCGUUGCGCCUACGUGUCGACUGCAUAUACUUUACAAACUACCAUGACUUCAGUCUGCAGCCAUCACCUGCAUUGUGGGAGGAUCUAUUGUCAUUGACUCACACAAACGUGACCAAAGGCAUGAUUGAAAUAGGAACACAUUUUGAUACGAUUCAUAUAUACAGUUGAGUAAUUCAAAUUAGUUUGAUAUUUGAGGCUGUUUCUCACUGAUUGCAGUUUAUACUUGUUGAAAUAAACAUGGCUCCAAUCCCAAGAACACACACUCACAAAGAAAAACUUUUAUUAACAAUGUCAGCACUGCCAUGUUGAUCUGAGCCUUGCUGUUGGAAAACCACAUUAGUGUUUGACUUUGGUUGUCACAGAUGCACCUCCUCCGACCACUCCUCAACUUUCGUCAACAGUCGGUUGCUUUCGUUUUACCCGUUAAACACACCUAAUAACGAUGUGGGACGUCAGGCAAAUAUUCAACCUAGUUCAGCACAGAACUGUGGUAAUUAACUACAAUUACCAUAAUCCAUUGCGCAUGUUCUUCCCAGUCCCGGACAGAGGCGGACACAUAGACCAGAAGGAUAGAGACAGUUCGUGAGGUACCUCUACCCAAUUGAUAGUUGUAGUAGUUGGUAAUAAGCAGUCUUGAAAGUAUGCCUUAUCUACUUUCAACAACUAAUACAAUUAUUUUGUCAGCCAGCUAGUUACUCACCUAGCUAAAAAGGAUGACUUGUUCAAUGGGAUGCACAGAGAUAACUUUAGAUGGAUGUCUGGCUGACAGGCUGGCUGGCUGCUACUGCCUGAGCAGAGAUGAGAUGAUGACAACUGAAAUAUUUUAUUGAAGUAAAGUUAUGGUUAAUAAUGAUGGCAGUAAUGGGCUACCAAAUUACCAUCAUGGUAGUUAACUAUAUUUUUUACUAUUUUUUUCUGUGUUGUUACAGCAUUCAACCCACUGUCAGUGUCAGGAAAAAAAGGCAGGCGAUGGCAUCAAAAAUAUGUUAAUGUCAUUAUUUAGAAAUGCAUUUAAUGUUUAAAAAAAAGUGAUUGGUUAAAAAAAUUAUCUCAAAUAACACUUAUCGCUCUGCACUACAAUACAGUGACACGUUUUUUGCCUCUUGCAAAUACAGUGACAACUUGAUCAAAAGCAGAAACACAUGAGCAUAUAAGGACAAUAUUAGACAGCAUGGACACUGGCAUGAAAAUAUGUCCCAAAAUGGACAGCUGAAUAUUACUUCAUAGUUUCAGAGACUCUGACUAUAGAAUAGAAAGCUUUGCAACAUCACAAUGGUGAGGAAUGAAAAAUAAGACAAUGUUGAUUGUACCUUUUGUGUAUACACUUCCUGCAUUAUUCUUCAAUUUACCUUUUGAUUCUUGACAAAUGUAAAAUAUGUCAACACCAUGUACUAAAUGUAACUAUGUCCCUCCAUUCAUUUUAGUCAAUGACAUCCAUAUUUUUUUUACCAAGUGGAUCACAUUUUUUAUUCCUUUGUUCACAAUAAGGGUUCCCCUCUGUUUUUGAUUAAUGUGAUGACUGUGUGUUGAUAUCAAACCAUUUAAUUUUAAAUAAAAAAGAAAUGGAAAUAAA